AUGGGCGGUUCUUUGAAUGAAUCUCCCCCAAAUCGCCCAGCGUUUACAAUUCCGUAUACUGACCCGUUUAACUACUUCCAAACCACCGUGAAAGUGAUUCCAAGCGUCCUAGCCCUCGGUGCCUUUGUCACCGCUCUCGUCUUCAUCCCGGAAACAGCCCGCGCCGAUGUCGUGGAAGCUGCGCCUGGAACUAAGCUGUUCGAGCAGUUCCGACCAGUGUACCAUUUCCUGGCUCGUGAGAAAUGGAUGAACGACCCGUGUGCACCGUACUAUGACGAGGCCACUGGUUUGUAUCACAUGUUCUACCAGCUCAACCCGAACUCGACGAUCUGGGGCAACAUGACGCGGGGUCACGCCGUGUCGAAGGACCAGAUAACUUGGGAGGACUACCCGAACGCGCUUCGUCCUUUUGAGGACAAGUGGGACUACCUCGGUGUCUUCUCGGGCUUCUCGAUGGAUAACGCCAUUGACGGUAAACGCACUGUGUUUUACACAGGUGUAAAUGUGCUUCCCAUUUCAUGGGAUAAGCCUUACUUGUUUGGCGAGCACGUCGUAUACGCCACUACGAACGACAACGGCAAAACCUGGCAAAAGGGCAGUAAGCCUCUGAUCGAGUUGCCGCCUGAGGGUCUCAACGUCACUGGCUGGCGCGACCCGAAUGUAUUCCACUCGAAGUCACUGGACGCCCAUUUUGGUUAUGACGCCUCCAAUGGCAGCAACUACCUGAUUGUGGCCGGUGGCAUCAAAGAGGUUGGCCCCCGCAUUUUCCUGUACCAUGCCGAGGACUAUGUGAAUUGGGAGUACAAGGGCUUCCUACUCGCCCAGGAGAAGAACACGACGUUCUCCAAGUACAGUGGAAGCUGGGGUUUCAACUUCGAGACCACCAUUUACCGUGAGAUGACGGAUGAGGACGGUGAGCUCCACAAUGUGAUGCUGUUCGCCGCUGAGGGCGACCCGAACCGGUACCCGAUGUGGGCCACAGGUUCAUUUUCUGGUGGUGGCUGCGGCGUGGAGGUCGAUCCUGAGGCGGGACUAUUCACGCCUCUGAUGGUGGGCGUGUCGGACCGUAGUGACUGGUACGCUAACAGCAUCUACACCGACAAGGACGGGAAGGACGUCCUGAUCGGCUGGAUCACCGAGGACAACAACUUCACCACGGGACAGCCUCAGGGAUGGGACGGUAUCCUGUCGGUGCCCCGCGAGGUAGGUAUCACCAUUGUGCGUGAUAUCUAUGACGUCGACGAGCACCUGGUCGGUAAGGGUGACUGGAUCGUGUCCGACUCGAAGGACGUGUCGUGUGGUGACGGCACGACCAAGCAGAGCAAGACCAUUAAGACGCUCGGCGUUAAGCCGCUGAGUGACCUGCAGCUGCUCCGUAACGAGAACGCGCUCGAGCAGGUAGCGAGCGUGUCGGUGAACGGUUCGUCGCAGGUGCUGAACUCGACGGGUGCUUCGUUCGAGCUGAUCGCUGAGGUGUCGGACUUCGAGCGCGGCAGCAAGGUGGGCUUCGAGGUUCGCCGCAGCUCGGCUGGCGAUGAGCCAGACCAAUGA